CUAAAGGAGAAGAAGGACAAGCUGGACGCUUCCGCCACAAAGAAGAAGGAAGCAUUCGUUGCUGGCCGGACUCACGGGACUGAGGCAAUGAAAACGCUGACAUCACUUCCUGUUUUGUGGCAUGCAUCCCUCAUAUUCCCCUCACUCCCUCCCUCCCUCACUCCUUCGCUCACUCGCUCACUCCCUCCCUCCCUCACUCCUUCACUCACUCACUCACUCCCUCCCUCCCUCACUCCUUCGCUCACUCACUCACUCCCUCCCUCCCUCACUCCUUCACUCACUCACUCCCUCCCUCCCUCCCUCACUCCUUCACUCACUCACUCACUCACUCCCUUCCUCCCUCACUCCUUCACUCACUCACUCACUCACUCCCUUCCUCCCUCAGAUCAGUGGACGUGAGAUGUUUGAAUUCAACCCAGACCUGGUACAGGGAGACGACCAGGAGGCCGGGGAGGAC